GCAGACACAAACCAUUGGGCAUUCUUUCGGCACCAUCUAAAGAAAGGCUAACACCCCAUACCGGAAUCUGAGUUUUUUUUAAACGCCUUGAUGUGCAUGAUACGGCGUAAUAUGACUCACCAUCACUUUCUGCAUAUUCUGGUAUUUAUCAGUUUAUAACUUUUCUGUUGAGUUAUGCAUAAUUUGGUGAUUAUUGUACUUUUUGGUGCGCUACUCUGUACGCUCCACCAGUGCUUGGAAUGCCCAUCAGGCUGCCGAUGCUUUGCUGACACGCGCACAGUGAAAUGCGUCUCCAAGGACCUUCGGGCCAUACCACAAGAUAUUCCAGGAUACACAAGGAAUGUGAUCAUCACAGGAAAUAAUAUAUUCAGAAUUGGAUCAGAGACAUUUCAAGAAAUGAAAAAUGUCACCACCAUCAUUUUGAGCAACAAUGGGAUCACAGAGGUUGCGUCCCACAGCUUCUCUACCCUUUCUUACCUGCGCUACCUGGACAUGAGCUGCAACCAUCUGGCUCUCAUCCACCCUGAAGCCCUCAACAUCCCAGGGAGUCCUCUAAAGGAGCUCAACCUCAGCCGCUCCCUGUAUAACUACACCUCACUGACUGAUCUCACCACCGCACUGCGCUGGGGAGGCCUAGGAGGGCUGCUCAGCCUCGACCUCUCUGGGAACUGCCUGGUCUUCCUACCCCCAGGGAUGUUCUCCCACCUCCACGGCCUGCAGCACCUCCUCCUGGGUAACAACUCCCUAGCAUCAGUCUACAACGGCACCUUCUUUGGCCUGCGCCGCCUGGAGCUGCUCGACCUGACCAGCAACUCUUUCAGGGUGUUCUGAAGCGAUGCUCUGGGGGAGCUGGAGAGGCUGGUGCAAGCCCCCCGCAUCCUGCUGAGCCACAACCCCUAUGUCUGCACAUGUGAGAUCCAAGACUUUGCCGUGUGGCUCAAGAGCUCCCAGGCUCAGGUGGGGGAUGCAGAAGCCCUGACCUGCGCCUCACCCUGGGAGUUUCAGGACAGGCCCCUGCAAGGGCUCGGGGUCCAAGUUAUCGGAUGCCAUGUCACUUCACCACCUCUGGUCGGAAUCAGAGACGAGGUGGGCGACCUCUCCCUGCAGACCUCCUACGUCCUCCUGGGUCUGGUGCUGGGCUUUGUGGGCAUGGUCUUCCUCUUUGUGCUCUACCUCAACCGGCAAGGUAUUAAAAAGUGGGUGGUGGAGACGCGAGAUGCCUGCCAUGACGUGUUGGAGGGGUAUUAACACCGCUAUGAGAUCGACACUGACCCACGCCGGGAAUACCUCUCAAAAGACGUCAGAGUCGAAGAGAAGCCACCGACAAACGGUAGUUUUGGACAGGCUUACUCAGAUAACCGCAUAUCACAGCUACCCACUGCCACCUGUUUAGUUCAGAUCUCCUCAGACACACAGGUCAAGCCAGGCUCCAUCUCGGUGGAUUUGUGAUUCCACAUUCCCUGGAAUGGAACUGGACUGGAGUGAACUUGCAUUCAGGGUUGGGUAGGUUAUGUUCUAAAGGUAAUCUGUUACAGUUUAGUUACCUGUCCAAAAUUGUAAUCAGUCAUGUAACUUUUGGAUUACCCAAACUCAGUAAUGUAAUUGGAUUACUUUCCCCUUAUUAGAAGUAGACAAAAAAGGAUCAACACACACAUGUGGUCUCUGACUUGUGGUCUGUGACACUCGCUCAGGUGGAACAAACUUAAACCUGUGCUUUUAUCAAUGCUGAAUUAAAUGUAAUUGAGAAAACAGAAAACAUCCUUUCUGAAUUUGAAAGUAAUCCAAGAAGUAAUCUAGUUUUUUUUCUCUAAUCUGAUUACAAUAUUUGUUUGCUGGUAACAUCACUGAUUACAAGUACAUUUUUGAAAAAUCAGAUGACAUAUAAUCAGUUUCUGCCCAACCCUGCUCACAUUUGUGAGGGACUUAUCUGUGUCAUGCAUUUCUGUACAAUGUGUUGAAUAUAAUUACAUCACGAAUGUAAGCAUAAAACUGCAGAAAAGUUAUGCUAUUUAAUGGAGAGCCUAUUUUAAGUGUGAACAGCCGGGCUCGUUGUACCUGCAUAGCCUUGAUACCUCUUUUACUGUGGCCACAAUUUUACUGACUUGCAUAGAUUUAACCAAGUUGCCAUCUGUCUUCGGUGUUGUAUGUAUUAUUUUAUUAUACUUUGUGGGUCUUAUUGACAUAUCUAGAUGGAACCAAAGCAAUAUUACCUAUCUGAAGGGUCUUGACUGCAAAACUAACCUUGAAUGUCUAUUCUUUUGGGAAGAUUGAAUGAUUCCACACUGCACGAAGUCAUCUUUUCAUCCUUAACUGACUUUGUAACCGGACGUGACAGGGCAAGAAAGAAAGGGCACAUAUUUCCAGAGUGCAGAAGUGACAUGGUAUUGAAGUGAUGAAGCAGGAUCUCGUGUGGUGUAUAAACUCAUGUGCAUAAUUUACCCGUGUUAAGUAAGAU